AUGGGUGACGACGGCUCCUCCGCAAAGGGCAGCAAUGAAGCCGCUGUCCCUCUUUUUCUCAACCACUCAGACCACCCUGGGUUGGUCCUCGUUUCAAAGAAACUCAAUGGCGACAACUACAACACUUGGUCUCGCUCGAUGAAGAUUUCUCUUAGUGCUAAAAAUAAAAUUGGGUUCAUAGAUGGAUCCAUCAAGAAACCUAAGGCGGACAAGCACCCUCUCGAUUUUGCGGCAUGGCAGCGAUGCAACGACAUGGUGGUGUCGUGGCUCUUAACUUCUCUGGAACCAGAUGUGGCUGACAGCGUCAUUUAUUUAUCCACCGCUCACGAUAUUUGGGAUGACCUUCGCGAGCGUUUUUCUCAAAACAAUGUCCCUCGUCUCUUUCAAAUCAACCGUGAGAUUGCUUCUCUCACUCAAGGACAGCUUUCUAUUGCUGCAUAUUACACCAAAUUGAAGGGGUUUUGGGACGAGUUGGCAUCCUUCAGUGAGGCCACAUCUUGCACAUGCGGCGCACAGAACGAAACCAAUAGACUUAUGCAGUUUCUCAUGGGAUUACCCGAAUCCUACAGUGCCAUCCGUGGCCAGAUUUUGUUGAUGAAACCUCUCCCGUCGGCUCGACAAGCAUAUUCAUUCAUCUCAUAG